AUGGAUUCUAAUAGAACAGCACAGCGCUCAGCCACAAUGCCACUACUCCCAGUUUCAUACAACCCUUCAAUUUCAAACCCCCACAUGUCUAUGUCUAUCACAUCUCGAUUCACUGUGAAACUAGUACUUCUCCACCGGAUUUUGUUGUUCGUGUUAGGGAUCGUCACGUUGCUAUGCGUAGCCAUGGCCACAUCCUUAGUUCCACAGCCCCUGAAAAUCAAACUCAACUCUCUCUUCAUGUCGAAAAUUAAUGUCUCAAACACAAAGCUAGUGGCUAACUUUGACGUGGCCUUCACAAUAGAGAACCCUAAUCUAGUCUCGUGGAUUUGGUUUGACCGCAUAGAUGGUUCGAUUUCUUACAAAGAUAACGCUCUCGUGACAUACUCGUUGGACCCUUUCAUACUGGGAUUGAAGGAACAUAGAAUGAUGCGUGUGAAGAUAUCCGUGAAUGGAUUACAGGAAGAUCAGCCGGUUGUGAAGGAGAGGGUUUUGGAAGAAAUCCAUAGGCAACGUGAAGAUGGUGCUGUGAAUUUCAGCCUGGAAAUGUUUGCACGGGCUACGUAUAGGACCGGUUGGUGGGGGACAAAGUCUGUUUUAAUGAACCCUCAAUGUUUGGAUUUGAGGGUUGGCUUCUUGCCUAAAGUUGGUUUCGGAAGCUGGAAUAAUAGUGGAGGGCCUAUGACUUGCGCAGUUCCCAUGCUAAUUGAUGACUAA